AUGCCAGUCCAAAUUGUGCAAGACCCCGAGGAAGUUUUCGAAGCUAUUACGGAGAGCCUAAAGCCAGUUGUUGUGCAUUACUGGGCUCCUUGGAUGGGGGGAGAGUCGCCAUUUAUGCCUGUUUUCUUGGGGGCGGAUGAAAAUCGUGGGGGGGAAGAGAUUGAUUUUGUCAUUGUGGAUAGUGGAUUUAUUCAUCCCGCGCAUAGUCCAGAUGAGAUGCCCUUAACGGUUCUCUAUCAUGGCGGUGAAGAGGUAGAUUCUGCUCCGUUUGAUCCCGAAGCAGUUGAAGCACUCAUUGAGGGAGUAUAA